AUGUUGUUCCUUAUUCUCCAUUCAUUGUUGCCACUUAACUGCACAAUGUAAUUUAAAAUAUUUUUCAGUCUAAUUUAAUGUAAAUUUGUACUUUUUUCAAGAGAAAUUUGUGAUUUGUGAUUUGGAUCCCUCUCAUUUGAGUCAUGCCCAUUCCCAGCAUCAAUCUCCAAAAGACGAAGAUAGGUAUAGGUAGAAGAUCAGGAGAAGAAGCUACACGUUUCUUGGACUCACCCAUCAAACCAUCCCUUUCUUCCUACUGUACAUAUUCUCUCUCUCUCGCCCUCUCUCUCUCUCUCUCUCUCUCAACAGUUUUUAUGUGUUGGGAGUUGAGAGGGGGUUUUGCUUAGUUAAGCUUUGUCCUCAACGCAAUCAAGCACUAUCAAUUUUCGUCUUUUACUUGAUUUUUCGCCUCCUUUGAAUUUGUUCGGUCUUGUUCGAGUGCAUUGGCCUUUGGAGCAGAUACCCACAUGGAUUCUCAGGUCAUGGUGGCUCUUGCUCUCUCACUCGUUGGUGGAUUGAGUACUUCUAUAGGUGCUGUUUUUGUAAUUCUUAAUCAGACUCCGAGUUUGAAGAUGCUUGGGCUUUUGCAAGGUUUUGCUGCUGGGCUUAUGCUGAGCAUAUCUUUUCUGGAUUUGGCUCAUAAUGCUUUGAAUUCCAUUGGCUUUUUGAAAGGAAACCUUUGGUUCUUUGCAGGUGUCAUAUUUUUUGCUGUUGUGGCCAGUUUCAUCCCAGAACCAAGUCUUGUUCCUAGUUCAGAUGUGAAUAGUAAGAAGAAGAAUGGGGAUGAAGGGGGUAAGGACAUUAUGAAAAAGCAUCGCCGCCAAGUUCUAUUUAGCGGAAUUAUUACAGCAGUUGGCAUAAGCUUGCACAAUUUUCCUGAAGGAAUGGCUGUGUUCCUUGGAUCAAUGAAGGGUCUUCGUGUUGGACUUAACUUGGCCUUGGCAAUUGCUUUGCACAAUAUUCCCGAGGGUGUUGCUGUUGCACUUCCUGUUUAUUUUGCCACACAGAGCAAGUGGCAGGCAUUCAAAUUGGCAACAGUUUCUGGCUUUGCAGAACCCCUUGGCGUUAUAAUUGUGGCAUAUCUAUUCCCAAGAAGCUUGAGUCCUGAAAUUCUUGAGGGCCUGCUAGGAUCAGUUGGUGGAGUGAUGGCCUUUAUAACCUUGCACGAAAUGCUACCGUUGGCGUUUGAAUAUGCGGGGCCAAAGCAAGCAGUCAAAGCUGUGUUUGUUGGAAUGGCUUUCAUGUCUGCAAGCCUAUAUUUUCUUGAAAUCAGCUUACCCAAGGAGAUGGGCUAGUAGCUGUCAAGGAGCCAAAUGUGCAAUCCACAAUGUUGUACAUUCCAUGCCAGGACAACCAUUGCCAAUGCCAUACCCUCCUUAAGUCGCUUGCCAGAAAGAACAUCUGUAUUAAUUGUGAACAUUUUCCUACACUCACCUUGUCACUAACCAAGAAGCUGAAAUAUGUAUGGCUUCUGCUGCAGACACACCAAAGAAGAAUGAGAAAGAAAUGCAUGGAUAUGAUCUUCGUCAAACUCGUGGUUCUUAAAUGUUUCAGUUACUCAAAAAUUAUGCUGGUUACACAUUAACAAUGUUAGCAAGCUUUAAUGCUUUUAAUAUGAAUUCCUGGUGUGGGUUUCGGGUUA